AAGUGAGGAGGAAGUGAGUGGAAGCUGCUCUCAGUUCAGCUCUAGUGUGUUUUCAUGCAGAGCAGCAGACAGGACGGUGGGCGAAGAGGAGAAACUACCACCGCAGUUAAACUGGGGAAAGUGCAGUAAGGAUCACCGCUUACCGUCAUCUGAUGCAUCCUCAUGCGUCAUUCUGGUUUUCACACCGGCAGAUCAGAUAACAUUUAGGGUGCAGGGUAAGAGGAAGAGGGACUCCUAUGUCAGAGUUUUAGGAUGGCCAGUGAAGGCUCCACUAUUCCCAGCCCUGUGGUCCGCCAGAUUGACAAGCAGUUCUUGAUCUGCAGCAUAUGUCUGGACCGCUACGAAAACCCCAAAGUACUGCCCUGCCUACACACCUUCUGUGAGAGGUGCCUGCAGAAUUACAUCCCUGCCCACAGCCUCACACUGUCGUGCCCCGUGUGCCGCCAGACCUCGAUCCUGCCGGAGAAGGGUGUGGCGGCAUUACAGAAUAACUUCUUCAUCACCAACCUGAUGGACGUGCUGCAGCGGGCGCCGGACAGCUGCAGCCAGGAGGCCGCUGCUCUCAACAACAUCACCACUGUGGCUACAGGCCAACUGCUCUCCUGCCCCAACCAUGGAGGCAACGUCAUGGAGUUUUACUGUCCGCCUUGUGAGACGGCCAUGUGUCAGGAGUGUACAAGUGGCGAACAUGGAGAGCACCCAACUGUGCCUCUUAGAGAUGUAGUGGAACAACACAAGGCAUCAUUACAGGACCAGCUAGAUGCUGUCAAGAAGAGAUUGCCAGAGAUCGACUCAGCCCUGCUGACUCUGUCAGAGAUCCUGCAGCAGCUGACCAAUCAAAAGAGCUCCAUUGAGGAUGGCAUCCACACUACCUUUGAUGAGUUGCAGAAGACUCUGAAUGUCCGCAAGAGCGUUUUACUUAUGGAGCUGGAGGUCAACUACGGCCUCAAGCAGAAGGUGCUCCAAGCCCAGCUGGACACCCUGCUGCAGGGCCAGGAGGGCAUCAACAGCAGCUGUAACUUCACGGAGCAGGCCCUGAGCCAUGGCACCGAGGCCGAGGUGCUGCUGGUGAAGAAACAGAUGAGCGAGCGUCUCAUUGAGCUCGCCAGCCAGGAGCUUCCUCUGCAGCCUGGAGAGAAUGACCAGCUGGACUUCCUUGUGGAGACAGAGGGACUAAAGAAGUCCAUCCACAACCUGGGCACUAUUGUAACGACGAACGCCGUGGCCUCUGAGACUGUAGCGACAGGUGAAGGGCUACGGCAUUGUGUGGUAGGUGUGCCCACUUCCAUCACCAUAACUACUAAGGACAAAGACAGAGAGCUGUGCAAGAUGGGUAACGCAGUCAUCACUGCUGAAAUCUCCUCACCUGAUGGCAGCAAAGGUGAAGGAGAGAUACUGGACAACAAGAAUGGCACUUACGAAUACCUGUUCACAGCUCCUAAAGAGGGGACUUUUAAUUUAUCGCUGCGUUUAUAUGACCAACAUAUCAAAGGCAGCCCCUUUAAGAUAAAGGCCACCAAGUCUAUAGAUGUGUCGCUAACUUCAGACGGCAUGAAGAAGAGGCUGAAGUCUCCAGGCAGUAGUCACAUCAAGCAGAAGGCCAUCAAGAGGCCGGCCAGUAUGUACAGCACAGGGAGGAGGAAAGAGAACCCCAUCGAGGACGACCUCAUCUUCAGAAUCGGCACAAAAGGAAGAAACAAAGGGGAGUUCACUAAUCUGCAGGGAGUGGCUGCCUCGUCUUUGGGAAAAGUGCUGAUAGCAGACAGCAACAACCAGUGUGUGCAGAUUUUCUCAAAUGAUGGUCAGUUCAAAAGCCGUUUUGGUGUCCGGGGCAGGACUCCGGGGCAACUGCAGCGGCCAACGGGUGUGGCUGUCCACCCCAACGGCGACAUCAUCAUAGCUGACUAUGACAACAAAUGGGUCAGCAUCUUUUCAAGUGAAGGCAAGUUUAAGAACAAGAUUGGCUCAGGGAAGCUGAUGGGCCCUAAAGGCGUGUCAGUGGACAGAAACGGUCACAUCAUCGUGGUCGACAACAAGUCCUGCUGCGUCUUCAUCUUUCAGCUCAACGGCAAGCUGGUCACCAAGUUCGGUAACCGUGGCAACGGUGACAGGCAGUUUGCAGGUACACUCAAUGGCCCUCACUUUGCUGCUGUCAACAACAACAAUGAAAUCAUUGUGACAGAUUUCCACAACCACUCAGUCAAGGUGUUCAACACAGAAGGAGAAUUCUUGCUGAAGUUUGGUUCUAACGGCGAGGGCAACGGCCAGUUCAACGCCCCCACAGGCGUGGCAGUGGAUGUCAAUGGGAACAUCAUAGUAGCAGACUGGGGCAACAGCAGGAUACAGGUGUUUGAUGGCAGCGGCUCGUUCCUGUCCUACAUCAACACAUCAGCAGACCCGCUGUACGGCCCGCAGGGACUGGCUCUCACCUCUGACGGACAUGUUGUGGUUGCAGAUUCUGGCAACCACUGCUUCAAAAUCUACCGCUACCUGCAGUAGUAGCCUCCGUCAGCGCACAAACUGUACAGUGUGUGUGUGUGUGUGUGUGUGUGUGUAUACACACAUGCACUCAUUCGUGUGGCACGACCGUCAGAUUUGCACUCAUCUGCUCACCUAUUCAUCCUUGAAUCGUGCUGUCGUUGUGCCAUCUGUUUGACCUCUGACGCUGAAGAAACUGAGAGAAUUAUUUGUGGUUUGAAUGAAGUGUGAGGAUCGAUGAUAUUCACAGACGGCUGCCCCUGAUUGGUUCUUUAGAGGAGUCACUCAUAACCUUGUUCACAUUCCAUCUUAACUACACUGAUUUGAAAAAAACUUUAGUAUUGUACAUAUGUUAGACCUUUUGAUUUGUUGCGACAUGGCAGGAAAACUGGAAAAUAACGCUUUUGCACUUCCUAGAAAUACUGGUUGGACACUGUGUUAAGUGAGAUUUGAAAUUAAAGUAAAGAAGUACCUUAGUCACCUGAGAAACAGUGGGAAUUCUAUUUAUAGCUCCAGUAACUGCAGCUUCCUGUUAAAUACUCUUAAGAGUCCUCACAUUUUGCCUGCUCACUAUAAAAUAAAAACCUCCUACUGUAGGUAGCAGGGUAUUUUAGAGCAUGAUUAAGCAUCUCUGUGCAUGCUGUUUUUCCUAAUAAACACCAGAAAAGCUACUGUGCACUAUAUAGGAAUCUAUGCAGGCUGAUACUUAACACAAAAAGAAAAUAGAAAUUGAAGCACUAUUUCAAAUAUAAUACGUCUACCUAUUUGUGAAAAUGACUAGUCAAUGUUAUAUGUCAUCACUUUAAAUAACUUCCGCUUAAUUGGUUUUACAAAAACAGUGUGUUUGUGUGUGCAAGACAAGCGUGAUUGUGUGAGUGUGUUGUGACCAAUUAAGGUACCAAACAAAAGCCACUUGAUAUGUUGACUUACAGUCUGCUGUUUGCAUGUGUGUUUGGGUGUGUCGUGUAUGAAGCCUCUUGACAUUUUGACUUACAAUCAGCUGUGAUUAUGCGCAAACAUCUUAGAAUGUGUUGCAGAAUUUGAGUAAAUAGCUACAAUGCUGAAAAUAAACUCAGUUAGGGUGCAUCAGUCCUCGCUGAAAGGGUUUGUUCAUCAAUCUAACAUCAGACAGAGCUGCAGAAGUGCGAUCACCUUCACUCCUUUCCAUGUGUCUUUCAAAAAACCCGUAGGACUACUAACAAGUUGUAUUUUAGUAAAACAAUCUGUCCAUCCUCAAAAAUAGAUGCAAAGUGUAAUUCAACAGUUGAGGUGUAUGUUGUAAAAGGGCACUGUGCUCCUAUUAGUCCUAUUCGUUUGUCUUCAAGCACACAGUUUUCAUUACUUGUUAUCCUGAAUUUGGUCAUCCAUUUUCUACACAAUCCUGUUUAAAUUAUUUGUUUUCCAUUGUCUUGUUUAUAUUUGUAAUGCCAAAAGGAAUUAAAGUGCCCAUAGGAAAGAA